AUGGCCGGCGGCGGGUCGGCGGCAGAGUCGCCGGCGAGCUCGUGCGUGUCAUCGGACGCGGAGGACGAGGUGGUGGCGGUGCAGCCGAAGCCGAUGGUGGUGGUGGGGUGCCCGCAGUGCCUCAUGUACGUGAUGCUGUCCGGGGAGGAGCAGCAGCCCAAGUGCCCGCGGUGCAAGAGCCCCGUGCUGCUGCACUUCCUCCGCGCCGGCGGCCACGGCGGCGACGACAUCAACGGCAAUCUGCCGGCCGGCCGGCAGUAA